AAUUAGUGACAAGAAGAAUUCAUGACUUUGGACAUAAGUUAGUGGCAUAACGGCCAAAGGAUACGCUAAACCUAUCGUUCAAGCACUUCUGUUGAAGUAUUUUGAGGCUAGGAAAUUUCUAUGCGGUUUUGUGGUUCUGUAUUAAUCAUUUACGAGAUAAACUAGUCGAAUAACCAACCCAAGCUUCACGAAGCUCAACUCGUAUAACAAAAUGGCCGACGAAAUCGACUUAGGGAAAAAGAGGAGCCAUGAUCCUGAAUUCAAAGGACCCAUAGAAGACAGAUCAUGUACAGACAUUAUCUGUUGCCUGUUGUUUGUUGGCUAUAUUGUUGGUAUGGUUAUUGUGGGAAUAGUCGCCUUUGUAGAGGGGGAUUUGAACAGGCUCCUCUUACCAACUGAUUCCCAAGGGAAAUCCUGUGGAAGAGACUAUCCAGACAAAAAGUACUUGGUGUUUUUUGAUAUAACCAAGUGUGUUGCACCAACUAAUCUUGCAAAGAACUUUGGCUCACCAAAAUGCCACACACCACAGGUGUGUGUAAGCAAAUGUCCGUCCAAGAACCAACCUGGUGCCUCUGUAGAUCUUAAUGCUAAAGACAUGAUUUGUAAGCCAGGAAUCACACCCAAAGACAACAACAUUCAAACCAAGUUAGAGCUUGUAAAAGAAGGCAAAUGUGCUCCUUACUACUUAGCAAGCUCUCAAAUACUGUACCGUUGCAUUCCGACUGGUCUUGGUAACCUUGGCCAGUAUGUGACUGGUAAUUCCCAAACAGGACAAAAUGUCACUGGUACCUCUAUUUUAGAGGGAAUUAAAAAUCUGAAGCUUGUCAUGGAUGCGCAAAACUUUGGUAUGAAGGUUAUUGAUGACAUCAAAGCUGUGUGGUACUGGAUUCUCAUUGGCUUCAUUCUGGCCAUGGUAUUAGCAUUGAUAUAUAUCGUCAUUACCAGAUGGAUAGCUGGUCCUCUAAUCUGGUUCACCAUUCUUGCCGUUAUUGGUCUUAUAAUAUUUGGCAUGUAUUGGUGUUUUUCCAAGUUCAAAGAAAUCAAUGAUAAAGGGACCAGUAAAAGUAUUGAACUAAAACUAACCUUUGACCUAUCUUACUAUGGCGACUAUAAGGAAACAUGGCUUGCUCUUGGUAUUCUUCUCACUAUUCUUCUUGUCAUUGUGUUGCUGAUUGUGUUGGUAUUGUGCAGUCGCAUUAAAAUUGCAGUCGAGAUGAUCAGUGAAGCCAGCAAGGCACUGGCUUCCAUGCUAUCAACUCUGUUCUUUCCAUUGGUCCCUUGGCUUUUGCAACUGGUUUUGUUCUUCUGGUUUGUCAUUGUUCUUCUGUUUCUUGCUACRAAUGGUACACCAAACUACAACAUUGUUGAUGUCCCUAAAAAUGACCUGUAUAAUCUGACCAAUGGAAGCACUUGUGAUCCAAUGACAUUUGAGAGCAAGUACAAAAACACAACUGCCAGCUGUAUCCUAAUGGGAUACAAGGAAAAUGUGCAUCUUUUCCGUAUGCAAAUUUUCCAUUUCUUUGGUUGGUUGUGGAUCAUGAAUUUCAUCAUUGCCUUAGGGCAGUGUGUCCUGGCAGGGGCCUUUGCAUCUUGGUACUUCGCCUUCCAUAAACCUGAUGAUGUUCCAACUCUUCCCGUGUUGUCGUCCCUUUGGCGAACUCUCAGAUACCAUACAGGCUCGCUAGCAUUUGGUGCUGCUAUUAUAGCCAUUGUGCAAUUGAUCAGAGCAAUACUAGAGUACAUUGACCACAAGCUGAAAGAAUAUGGUCAAGACAACAAGGCAGUCAAGUUCAUUCUAUGCUGCUGUAAGUGCUGCUUCUGGUGCUUGGAGAAGUGUUUGAAAUUUUUGAACAAGAAUGCGUACAUUAUGAUUGCCAUUUAUGGUAGAAACUUCUGCACAUCUGCCAAAGAUGCCUUCCAACUUCUUCUAAGAAAUGUCCUGAGGGUGGCUGCAAUCAACAGUGUCACCACGUUCCUGUUGUUCCUUGGAAAAAUCUUUGUGACUGGCUUAGUUGGUGUUGGAAGCUACUUUUGGUUCCGUCAAAUCAAAGCUGAUGACCCUGUCUCGCUGAACUACGAUGUUGUUCCAGUUGUUAUCACAGUGAUUUUUGCCUACAUUGUGUCUGUCCUUUUCUUUGAUGUUUACGACAUGGCUAUUGAUACCAUCUUUCUUUGCUUCUUGGAAGAUCUUGAGCGCAAYGAUGGCAGUGCUGAGAAACCCUACUACAUGAGCAAAUCACUACAAAAACUGCUGAACAAAGAGAACAGGGGCUCAAAGGACAAUAUUGACGCUGGAAGUGAUGGUGGAGAGAAAUAAGUGACAUCCACACACCUAAAUAUGUUUCUAACAGUGUAGAUCUCUUGCACUUGACAUCAAAGCAGCUUUAACUGUGGGACAAAAGAUGUUUGCUCUCUUAGAAGUGUGUGGAAUUUAAUGCUUUGUCCUGCAGUGGGAGCUGCUAUCCUGCCCAGUGCUAGUGGUCUAUAGUAUUGAUAAUCAACACUUUAUAAGUAACUGGAAUUACUCCUCUCACGCAUUCGCAACAGGGUGCUAGAUACCCUGUAAGUCACGCUAUAAAUACUCGUAGAGUCUCAUUAGAGAAUAGCAGUUCUUGCAGUAUUUUAUCCUACAUAGGUCAGAUGAAAAAUCAUGCUUAGCUUUAAUUGAGAAAUAAAAAGACUUGUUGGACUUGACCCAACACUGAAAAAAAUCUGUUGCUUUAAGAAGAAGAAUUUUUUGUAAUAAAUAGGUAACGAAAAGUUCUUGAUUUUUUUUGUAUUGUGAUGGGCCCAGAUCAUCAUUCAUGGCAAAAAUGUUCAAAUGUAACUUAAUCAUGUGAUAAAUAAUAUAAAUUAAUAUAAACAGCUGCUCUAUUUUUUGCUAUUGGCUAGCAGGAUUGACUUAUUUACUUGGUGAGCAGCCUGGUUACAAGUGAAUGUCUCAUCAAAUUGAUAUCUGGCAUGUCAGCAGGGCUAACAACUAAAGAUAAUUUAUAAUUUUUUGAUGUACUUUUCUUAAAAAAACUGGGAAAUUUCAUUCUGUGAAAGAUUCCUGAAGAGUUGAAAGCCCUGCUUUUGUAAGGCCUGACUACUAUUUAAUUAUUAGCAAACACAUGUAUGAAUGUCAUGAAAUUCAAUAUUGAAAUAAACAGUUAAUGUCUAAUA